CAUGUCUUUAUGCUUAUGUGUUUUCUUCCUGUUUCAGAUAUUUCAUGAUGUGUAUCUACUACGGCACCGGAGAGUAGCUCGGCGCUCCGUUGAUCCCUCCCACACCCACCACGAUAACCUCAUGGGUGAAACAAGCGUACGAUGGGCAGAACAACAGAGGGUAAAGCGACGUGUUAAGAGGGAUUUUUUAGACCACCCAAAGAUUCCCCAUAGAUCCACCUGGAUGAACGACCCCAAGUGGCCCCAGAUGUGGUACCUGAAUCGUGGUGGAUCCCUAGACAUGAAUGUGCAGGCAGCAUGGGCGGAGGGCGUUAGUGGCAAAGGCGUAGUGGUCACCAUUCUUGAUGAUGGCCUCGAGAAGGACCAUCCUGAUCUCAUCAAAAAUUAUGACCCCAAUGCAUCCUAUGAUGUUAAUAGCCAUGACCCAGACCCAAUGCCUCGUUAUGACAUGGUUGACUCUAACCGUCACGGAACACGCUGUGCUGGAGAGGUGGCCGCUGAUGCUAACAAUACCAUCUGUGCUGUUGGUGUGGCCUUUGAAGCAUCAGUAGGAGGUGUGCGUAUGUUAGAUGGGGACGUAACAGAUGCAGUCGAGGCAAGGUCUUUGGCUCUCAAUCCCCAGCACAUAGACAUCUAUUCGGCCUCCUGGGGUCCUGAUGAUGAUGGGAAAACUGUUGAUGGUCCCGGACAGUUAGCGACACGAGCCUUUGUUGAAGGAAUCGUAAAUGGUCGUGGUGGUAAAGGGUCUAUAUUUGUGUGGGCAUCAGGUAAUGGAGGUCGGGACCAAGACAACUGUAACUGUGAUGGCUACACCAACUCCAUAUGGACUCUUAGCAUCUCCUCAGCCACAGAAGCGGGUAGUGUUCCCUGGUACUCAGAAGCAUGCAGUUCCACCCUUGCUACUACAUACAGUUCAGGAUCACAGGGUGAGCGCCAAAUCAUUACCACUGAUCUUCACCACUCCUGCACAACCACACACACUGGCACAUCUGCCUCUGCUCCUCUGGCUGCAGCAAUUUGUGCUUUAGCUCUUCAGGUCAAUCGGGAUAUUACGUGGCGAGAUAUGCAGCAUAUUGUUGUGCGAACUGCCCGUCCAGAAAAUUUGAUAGCUCCUGAUUGGCAGACCAAUGGUGUAGGACGUCGUGUUUCUCACAGGUUUGGAUAUGGUCUCAUGGAUUCCUAUGGUAUGGUUCAGCUGGCAAGAAAUUGGACCAGCGUUCCAACUCAGCGCAAGUGUGAGGUCAAAGCUCCACAUGUUGAUAAAUUAAUCCCUCAGAAGAGCUUUGUUUCCUUGGAACUAGAUGUUGAAGAUUGUCCAGGGGUCAACUUCUUGGAACAUGUCCAAGCAAAGGUAUCUCUAACAGCUGAUCAUAGAGGUGACAUUGAGAUAUAUUUGUCUUCUCCUGCCGGCACGAAAUCCACUUUGCUUGCUCAACGACCCCACGAUAAUUCUCGCUCUGGCUUUCGUUCUUGGCCAUUCUUGACCGUCCACAUGUGGGGUGAACGUCCACUUGGCAAGUGGAAAUUGGAAAUACAUAACAAUGGUAAUUUCUUCACCACUGGAGCCACUCUACUGGAGGAGUGGAUACUCAUCUUUCAUGGCACCAGAAUUAACCCAGAGAAGUGGCAGGCACGAGGGGGGCGUAGAGACCGCGGUGGUUGGGGGGCAGUAGGAGGACGGGGGAUUGUGCAAAUCUCCAAUCCUUAUAACCCCCCAACCACUACCACCACCACAUCAACCACUUCCAGCACCACACCCCGACCAUGGCACCCCAACCAGCCAGGAAACCCUUUGUAUUCUAAACCCCCUCAGUCUCCCCAAUCCCCUGACUACAAGUCAAAGUUAUAUCCUGCUCCUAUUCGCCCACCAAACCACCGUGACAGCUCCCACCAUAAGGGUAAAACUGAGGUGACCGAGUGGAGUAUGACUUUGUAUGGAACAGAAACCGAGCCAGGGCAGGCAGUUCCCACUCUAGUGGGUGAGCAUCCCUCUUCAGUCUCUCACUCAAAUGAUGCUACUGUACACCAAGUAGUCGACACUACUGAAGGCAAAACCGAGACACGUGACCCAGGCAAAGAAAAUUUUGAUCAUUCUUCUUCCUCUGCUGCUCCUCCAACUCCCUCUCCUCAUCUCCUGCAGCUGGGCACCCUUCAGAAAGUUCUUCCACCAGGCUGCAGUCUCAUGGAUGCUUCCGGGGCAUGCAUAGAAUGCUCACAACUUUCAGUAGUUGCUUCAAACCUUGGUGCAAAGAAGGCAAGAGCUACUGAAUUUAAAUGCCAGAAAAAUGAAUAUCUUUAUAAUGGCAAGUGUUUAAAAAAUUGCCCUGAUAGGCAUUAUGCAUGGAAUCCACAAGAGAUGGGUGCAACAGGAUCACUGAGCUGUCGCCCCUGCCAUUAUACUUGUCGCCGUUGCUCAGGUUUACAAGAUUAUGAAUGUACAGCGUGUUGGAGCGAUGCUGAGCUUUAUAAUCCUUCUGAGGAUCAGAAUUUCUGUCACCCUCGCAUUUUGCUCAAUGCAUAUCACAGCCAACAGUCAUGGUAUAUGGUGCUGCUGAUAAUCCUGCUGGGUUUGUUGGUCCUGGUGCUGAUCCUGGCAGUGAUGGUAUUACGAGCACGUAGACCAUCAAAUCGUACUUCUUUAAAAAUUAAUCCCGUUGCAAAUCUUGGACCAUUAGGUAGCAUAAAGUCUACAGUCAAUGGUAACACAGCCUAUGCACCUGUAGCGAGAGGUGACUCUGAACAGUUGAUGACUAAAAUACCUUUCCAUGAUCUCACUAGUGAUGAAGAAAUAUAGAAUUUAGCAUAUUAGGCUGAUAGUGAUAAAACUGUACAGAAAAUGUUUUAAAUAGUCUUUUUAUACAGAAUUGUUCCUUCACAUUUUGUUUUAUGGUGAUAUUUACUCUAAUUUACUGUAUCUUUAAUAUACGUACUGUAAUUGAAAAUGCAAACAUCAGCUUAGUUAUUUUUUGUAAUUUCCACGAAAAUUGCCUUCAACCUGUUACUACUAGGGAUGGAUUUGACUACAUAUUUAUGAGGAUGAAAGCAAAUGCAUCAUUUUUACCACAUUCAUAGACUUAUUACAAAUAUGAUAUAAUACACUAUAUAAAUAGAACAUGCAGUAUGAUCCCUGAAUAAUAAGAAAUAGGAAGGUAAUUUCCUGGUAACUGUAAAUACUGUUUAGUUCAUUAUCAAAUGACAGUAAGUGGAAUUGCCUAAUUAAAAGAGAAUACUUUGAAUGAUGAUAUAUAAGGUAGUCAAGGAUAUUGUACAGUAAAUAUGAAAAAAAAAAUCACUGUUGAACAGAGAAAUAAUCUUAUACAUGCUGCUAAAGUAACUUAAGCCUUUUAUUGUGCUCACUCAUAGAAGUCAUUGCACUAUAUACAUUAAUUUUGAUAGCCAUUGGGGCAUCAGUAUUUUUAUAAUUCUUUUACUUGGGUAAUGAAUGAAAGUCGAUGUACAUAAUGUGCAUAAAAGGUUUUCAGAUGAAUUAAAUGUAAAUCCAUAUAAUGUCUACAAAUUAUACCUCUACUCCUACUUGAAUUUGUAAAAUAUAAUGACUGUAAAUAAGGUACAUAUUAUAAAGGGAAAUCUCAGCAGCAGAGUUAGAUAUAAAUACUGUACAUGUAUCAUCUUUUUGUUUAAUCUCUCCAGACUUUUAAUCAGUAUUGUAAUUUGUGAAAUAUUCUUCCUUAGUUGUGAAGGCAGUAUUUUAUAUUCUGUAUUCAUAAUAAUGAGAAUGUCCAUAGCAAUAAUAUAUUCGAGGUACUUAAAAUAAAACCAGCAAGUUAGUGAUGACAGGGACUGGUAGCAAGAAAGAAAGUUGUUGAUGGAGUCUGUAGCUGCCAAUGACCAAGUAAUGUACUUAGUAGUAGGAGGACACUGAGCCACCAAAUAAGUCUUUCUUCUGUGUUGGUAAUACUGAUCAGUUAUAGCAUUUGGUCAGUCAUAUUAUGACUGAUUUUUUACACAGUAAUAUAAAUACUUUUAGUCUAGUUUUAAUGCCAUUAACUUUGUGUUACCUUUCCAGUACCAUAGUUGUCUUCAGUUGCACUGAACAACUCUAUUUCUUGACCCCCAUUCACUUAAAAGUUACAGUCAGUGAAGCUAACUAGGGGUAUACAAAUUCAGGUGUAUAUAGAAGAACUGAUAAUGUACCCUGACCUCAUUCCAUACAAUUAAUCAAUAGAAGAGUACAAAAUAUAUUUCAACAGUACUCGGGCAUUAAGUUUUCUGUUCUUCCUUGAUGCUGCUCACAAACAUAUGCUUGUAAGCAUUUUAUCGAUAAUAAAUUACUAGUUCUAGCAUUUAUUUGUAAAAUAAAAAAAAAUGAGUUUUACUUGCAUUAAUGCAAAAAUAAGCGGUUACUUAAAAGUUGCAUUUUAGCCCUAAAUAUCAUGUACUGUACUUUAUUGCUGCAAAUAUUUGCACUGUAUGCAUCAGGUGCAUGGUAUAAGUUCAUUGCCAUUUCUGUGUAACUACUGUAUUUAGUAACUAACUUAGUGCAUAACAUAGCAAAUUUAUUUAUAUUGAAUUAUGGUUCAAGAUAUUCCCAAGGUGAUCAGUGGAUAGUGUCCUUAACUAAGUUAAGUAGAGGUUAUUGAAUGUAUUCUCUGCCUUCAGUCUUUAGAAGUCGAGAUGAUUAUGGAUUAACUUAUUUUUCUAUACUCGAAAAUAAUUCCAAUUAUAUAUUCGAGCUAAUGUGUGGGUGAAAACUAUGGCAUCUUAACUAAAGGAAAUGAAAACAUUGUGUGAAAUAUGUAUGCCAUUUGAAACAACUGAACUUGUGGGCGGUUUAUCAUUGUAGCAAAAAACUUCAAUAAAAUUCAUACUGUAUAUUUGUUUCAUUAUUGUUUUGAAGAGAUAUAAAAGAAUUAAUUAAUUUUGUAUUUACAGUUAUGAAACCAUUUUCUUGAAAUUCAUUGAAAUAUCUAAGAUUAUGAAGGUGUAUACCUCCCUAAUAUGAUGAACUUAUGGGUGUUAGAGAGUGUUAAGAAUGAAAACUCAAUAUAGACGUUUCUUUGAUCUCAUCACUAUGUUAAUAUUCUCAACUGCUCAAACAACAGAUGUGCCUUCAUAGUAAUGUCUGCGAUUUCAAAAUUCUCGACAGGGUUUAGCCCAAUUUCUUUGUCUUGGUCUGGAGAGUAUUUGCCAUCAUUCUCUUGUCUCCACAGGCCAACUAUUUCCAGCCAUUAAAUUCAUAUCUCGAGAAAAUUUCAAUAGCAUUCUUAGUUUUAAUAAAUAUCUGAAGGUAUUGAUUCAUGUAAGUUAUGUUAUUUUUGUAUUGGUGGUCCUACCCAGGUGCUUCGUCCAGUCAUGUAUCCAAACCUUAUCAUAGAGAUGAGUAACUCCUGUUGUUUCCUCUUUAGGCAUUCAUGGCCAGAGAUGGAGGAUCUCAAGUUUAAUUUGCUUUAUAAUUUAUAUUCUAUUUGUGUAACAUUGUUGAAAAUAGAUCCUCAAUCAAAAUAAUGUACAGUAUGGUCUCUACAUGUAUUGUACAACUGUAUGUGUAAAAAAUUAAGAAAACAAAUAUUCUGUCUUACAGAUAAAGCAAUUUAAACUUAAUGAAUUUUAUUGGGCCUUUUAUCCAAAUUGUUACGCAGUUUGUAUAAUUUAUGAGGACUAAUGCAUGGAAAUCCUUUUUGUAAUUUUCUAGCUGCUAGAUGCAUAAAAAAGUUUUACAUUUCAUUUAUCAGUAUAUGGAAUGUUCCAGACAGAUGUAUAGCAUUUUUAUAUAGGAGUUAUUUUUGUAAAUUGAAAAUUUUAAUGUGGAAAUUAUGAUACUAAAAUUUCAGGUGAUUA